UACUGCUCAUGACCACUGUCUGCAGGAGCCAGAGAGGCCAGGAAAGGAAACGGAGGGGAGCAUCUAAAUUUUGUGCUUGGAGGGAAUGUAGAAGCUUGUGUCCAUGCUUCUUCCGAACAUCACAAAAUGUUACACAAAGAUUAGAGCAGUCGCAGGCCACCGCUGCUGAAUCAGGAAGGGAGCCGAGGGAAGAAACCAGAUUGAGAAGCAGCAGUCAAGGCUGGCAUUGAUCCUAGUUUAUCCUUGGAGACUCAGCAGAAGAUCCUGAUGGAGGAGAAUACCCAAAGAGAGGACACCAAGGAAGAGGGAGUUGGUGACAGACAGCCUGUGGAUUCCAACAAGAUUAUGGCAGAGCAGAGCCACAUGCAAAAGCAGCUGGAUUUACAGAAUGGUAGCUUAGAGGCAGGCUUUGUGGAGAAUUCCCUCGAAAACGAUUCCCAAAACAUGAUGGAGAGCCUGAGCCCAAAGAAAUAUUCUUCCAGUCUGAGAUUUAAAGCCAAUGGAGACUGUUCUGGCUCCUAUUUAACCCUCUCACAACCUGUGCCUGCUAAAAGAAGCCCUUCUCCUUUGGGAACCAGUGUCAGAAGUAGCCCUUCUUUGGCCAAAAUUCAGGGAACUAAGCAGUUCUCUUGCGAUGGAAGUGACAAAAGUAUUUCCAUGAAACCGCCCACCCCUUUACGCAGCACUUCACCCUCCCUUAGUGGAUAUGCACUUGGGAGAGCAGACUUUGAUCAUUUUCUUGGCCGGGACGCCGAAAGGUCCUUGAGGGUUUCAGAGAAGCCUCCCUAUUCCAAAUAUAGCUCAAGGAAUAAAUCCCACGACAAUGUCUACUUUCUCGGAGGGCUGGAAGGCCGAAAAGCAUCUGGCUCGCUCCUGACCAUGUGGAAUGGAAGUUCCCUGAGUGACACUGGCUCCUCGCCCAUCAACAGGUCAGGGGCGGCCAGCAUGCCUUCAAGCCCAAAGCAAGCCAGGAAAAUAAGCAUCCAGGACAACCUGACACUUCAGCCCAAGUUGAGCAGACACCGGGACCCGGCAUCUGAAAACAUCAGUUUAAGAACCAGGAAGUACUCUAGCGGCAGCCUGAGUCACAUGGGCGCCUACAGCCGCUCUCUCCCCAGGUUGCAUAGAGCCACCGAGAACCAGUUGGCACCCCUCAGUCUGCCUCCAAGAAGCUCUCUGGGCAAUUCCAAACGAACGAAACUGGGGGAAAAGGAUCUACCUCAUAGCAUCAUAGACAAUGACAAUUACCUGAAUUUUUCUUCUUUGAGCUCAGGAGCUUUGCCCUACAAAACCUCUGCCUCCGAGGGCAGUCCGUACGUGAGUUCCACCCUCAGCGUGCCUGCCAGUCCUCGAGUGGCUCGCAAGAUGCUUCUGGCCUCCACCUCCUCCUGCACCUCUGACGACUUUGACAGGGCUUCCUACUCAGGUACCAGCCCUGGUCAUUCGUUUCCUCCUGGGGAGCUGGACCGAGCGUUUGCAGCCAGAAGGAACUUCUCGUGUGGCUCUGUCGAGUUUGAUGAUGCAGACUUGGACAGCCUCAGACAGGCCUCAGGAACCCCCCAGCCUGUCCUUCGGGAACGGAAAAGCAGCAUUAGCUCCAUUUCCGGACGAGACGACCUGAUGGAUUAUCACCGGCGGCAGAGGGAGGAGAGACUCAGGGAGCAGGAGAUGGAGCGACUGGAGAGACAGCGACUGGAGACCAUCCUCAGUCUCUGUGCUGAGUACACAAAGCCUGACAGCCGCGUGCCCCCCAGCACCACCGUGGCAGAUGUGCAGAAAAUCAAUAAAGAGCUGGAGAAACUGCAGCUCUCCGAUGAGGAGUCUGUGUUUGAAGAAGCCCUGGUGAGCCCGGACACCAGGUACAGAUGCCACCAGAAAAGCGCUCUCCACGACGCGGACCUGGCAGGCUUUGGGAGCCUCAGUCAGAGCAGUGCCAGCUCCCUCCCCCCACGGGGCGCCAGGAAUGAUGAACUGCUGGGGGACCUCAGGACUCCCCCGCCGCCCUCCUCUGCCUUUCUGAAAGCUUCCGGCGAAUCUGCUUACCUAAGCAUCCUACCAAAGACCCCAGAGGGUAUAAGUGAAGAACAAAGGAUUCAGGAGUUGACUGCGAUGGAAGAGACCCGGAUAGCAAUUCUCAACAACCUUGAGGAACUUGAACAGAAAAUCAAAGAUAUAAAUGACCAGAUGGAGGAAUCUUCCAGAGAGCUGGAUAUGGAAUGUGCUCUCUUGGAUGGAGAACAAAAAUCGGAAACAACUGAACUUAUGAAAGAGAAGGAGAUUUUGGAUCAUCUAAACCGGAAAAUCACAGAACUGGAAAAGAACAUUGUUGGUGAAAAGACCAAGGAGAAGGUAAAGCUUGAUGCUGAAAGGGAAAAACUAGAGAGGCUUCAGGAGCUUUACUCCGAGCAGAAGACCCAGCUGGACAAUUGUCCUGAGUCCAUGAGGGAACAGUUACAACAACAGCUGAAGAGGGAUGCCGACCUACUGGAUGUUGAGAGCAAACACUUUGAAGACCUGGAAUUCCAGCAGCUUGAGCGUGAGAGCCGUCUAGAUGAGGAAAAGGAGAACCUGACCCAGCAGCUCCUGCGUGAAGUGGCUGAGUAUCAACGGAACAUUGUUACUAGAAAGGAAAAAAUUUCUGCAUUGAAAAAGCAAGCUAAUCACAUUGUCCAGCAGGCUCAAAGAGAACAAGAUCAUUUUGUGAAAGAAAAGAAUAAUUUAAUAAUGAUGCUACAGAGAGAAAAGGAAAAUCUUUGUAAUUUGGAAAAGAAAUACUCCAGCCUGUCUGGGGGGAAAGGGUUUCCUGUCACCCCCAAUACUCUGAAAGAGGGCUAUAUCAUUGUAAAUGAAAUUAAUGAGUCAUGUGGCAGUUCCACGAAUCUCCCCCCUUCCACUCAGUUCCCUGCUGAUGCUGAUGCUGCUGCCACUGGGCCUACCACCGCUGUGCUGAUGAGCCAGCCACAAAGUAAAGAGCAUUUUAGAAGCCUGGAAGAAAGGAAAAAACAGCACCAGGAAGGCCUCUAUCUGAGUGACACUUUGCCUCGAAAGAAAACCUCACCUUCCAUAUCCCCACAUUUCAGCAGCGCUACUAUGGGGAGAAGCACCGCCCCAAAGGGCCACCUGCCCCUGGGACAGAGCAACAGCUGUGGCAGCGUGCUCCCCCACUCGCUAGCAACCAUGACCAAAGACUCAGAAUCUCGGAGGAUGCUCAGAGGAUAUAAUCACCAACAGAUGAGUGAAGGACAAAGGCAGAAGUCUUCUGAAUUUUACAACCGCACAGCGUCUGAGUCGAAUGUCUACUUAAACAGUUUCCACUACCCAGAUCACAGCUACAAGGACCAGGCCUUUGAUACUCUGAGCCUAGACAGCUCUGACAGCAUGGAGACCAGCAUCUCUGCCUGCUCACCUGACAAUAUCUCUAGUGCCAGCACUUCAAAUAUUGCCCGAAUAGAAGAAAUGGAGAGACUGUUGAAGCAGGCUCAUGCAGAGAAGACAAGGCUGCUUGAAUCCAGGGAACGAGAAAUGGAAGCCAAGAAACGCGCUCUGGAAGAAGAAAAACGACGUCGAGAACUCCUGGAAAAACGGUUGCAGGAAGAAACUAGCCAGAGGCAGAAGUUAAUUGAAAAGGAAGUAAAAAUAAGGGAGAAACAAAGGGCCCAGGCUCGACCUCUGACCCGCUAUCUGCCUGUGCGGAAGGAAGACUUUGAUUUGCGGAGCCAUGUAGAGACUGCUGGCCACAAUAUCGAUACGUGUUAUCAUGUGUCAAUCACAGAGAAGACCUGCAGAGGAUUCCUCAUCAAAAUGGGUGGAAAAAUUAAAACCUGGAAAAAACGUUGGUUUGUUUUUGAUCGGAACAAGCGCACCUUCUCUUAUUAUGCAGACAAGCAUGAAGCUAAAUUAAAAGGAGUAAUAUACUUUCAAGCCAUUGAAGAAGUAUAUUAUGAUCACCUCAAGAAUGCUAAUAAGAGUCCUAAUCCUUUACUUACCUUCAGUGUCAAGACACAUGACAGAAUCUACUACAUGGUGGCCCCGUCGCCGGAAGCCAUGCGGAUCUGGAUGGACGUUAUAGUGACUGGGGCGGAAGGCUACACUCACUUCUUGCUGUAGUGAGCUGACACAGCUUCAGGGCAGACUGCAAUAAUCUCUUACAAGAAUGAAGCCAUAUCAACACCAGGUGGACAGACCCAGCAGACCCAAUGCCUUUAACUGUGGAUACUCAGAACUGCUUUCAUAGUAACAGGAAGUCAUUUGUAAAAGAGAAAGAAGGGGUUUUAAUUCAGAGCUUGAUCAUAAAUAAUUCAAAGCUUGAUCAUAAACUGCAAAAGAAUUGCCUAUGAGAAAGAAAACACUCUUUUGGUAAAUAGCAUCACUUAUAGGAACAUUUCUUAUAAACUUUUUAUCAAUUGUUGAUUUUGAUGAAAUAAACUAGUUUACAAAAUGUCUGUAUGUACUUGGAAAAUAUGAAAUUAUUUUAGCACCCAAAUCAUUGGUGGCAUUGACGUUCUUGGUAAUCAACUGGCUCUUUUUUAAAGGAGCAUUUUGUGGAAGGUUAUUUUAUAAAUAUUAAUAUAAACAAAUAAGGGCUUGGAAAGGCAGUCUAUUGUAGGAGGGGUUUGGCCCUAAUUUUUAAGUACUACACCGAAACCAAAGACUUGACAUGACCUCUGCUGAACAGUAGUAGUUUCACGUGAUGAACUGCACUUAGUGUCACUCUGCAUUUUAAAAUGGUACUUUGAUGCCAAUAAGUGCCCAGGAAGUUGACUUUGAAGAGUCACCACCAGCAUAAGCUACUGUACAUACAUAGCAAACACUUUGUAAAAGAAGAACGAAAAGCUGUGUGUUUUAGGAAGAAGGAGUCUUGGACAUUCUAUCACACUGGGCGAUUUAAAGACAAUGUUUAGCUUCAGCUGUUUUGCUGAUGAUUUCUCCAUUUCCAGUGCUGAGAAUAAAGGCAACAGUAACUGAUUUCCUUUAGAUUGUCCAACUUCUCUUUGCUGUGGAGUACAUGUGUUAACUGCAGCCUCACAUGAUAUAACUGAAAUCGAGCUCUGUUUUCACCAAAGAACAGACCAAUUAUUUUCCAAAGUAUUGUAGUUCUAUUCAGAGGCACAUGAAGUUCACCUUAAUGUUCUCUGUAAUGUACUAUUUUAUGAUGUUUUUUCUUUACAGUUAGCUUUUGUUUUUUAGAGUUCAAUUAACAUGUAUUGAAUGAAAUGACUUCAGGCAAGUCCUUUUGUAACAGUUUUUCAAAUGCCAUUUAUCCUGGUUUAUCAUGUUGUGUGUUUUUGUAAGUAUGAAUGUACUCUUUCUACUCAUUGACAAAGGAAUAGAAGUAGAAAAUAAUAAUGUUACUUACUAGUAAAAAUGAAAUGAUUAGAUUAGAAGUGUCUAUAAAGUUUGUCAGGCCUGACUGGGUACAAUUUUUUUUUUUUUUUUAAUUUGCAGUGGUUUAUAUACAUGUUGCCAAUAAUAAGAUUUUGCGACUGGAUUACACAUGACGUUACUUGAACAGUGAAGGACAAAAUCACAAUUGCAGAAGAUAUUUUUAUAAUCUGUUUCUACAGAGAUCACCCCUAAACCCUGUAGUGAUCUAAGACAGUGAAGUACAAGUGCUGAACUUUUGUUGGUUAAUGUAAAGAUAUAACUUUUCUGAACUGUACUUUACUUUCUUCAUAGGACUGUAAAGAUACUCUAAUCAACUUUCUGUCUUGCACGAUGUAGUAAAUGGUUCAAAUAUGUGUGUCAAAAUAUGUUGAGUUUGGAUUAAAAUGUUGAUCAGAUUUCACAUUUGAAAAUAAACUCAGUUUAAUUAGGAAAUUACCCAUUGGUAUCAUGACAAGGGGUGAAUUAAUCAGCAGAAGUCAACUGUAGAAUUGACAUAAAGUUUGUGUGCUAGCUAACAUUAUGACUUGUAGUUUAUAAACUGAAGUAAUCA